UUAUGAUUAGUAUUGAAAGUUAUGUGUAAGAUGUUUGUAUGUAAUUUUAGAUGGGGGGAAAGCAUACUGCUAGUGAAGAUGCCAAAGAUUGGCAUGAAAAAAAUGAAAAUAUAUUUUUAGAAAUUCUCUGUGAAAAAGUUAAGAAAGACCCGAAUGGCACACCUGUGUUUAAAUCUAGUGAUUGGCAAGAAAUAGACGAUGAAUUAUUUUUAGUAACUGGAGAAAGAUAUGAAAUGGAGAGACUCAAGGGAAAGUAUAAUAGACUUCGAAUCAAGCAUAGACAUUUUUCUGAGCUACUAGAUCACACUGGUGUUACUUAUGAUUCAAGUUCAAAUGUUGUUUUUGCUGCAGAAGAUGUUUGGCAAAUGUUUAAUCAGAAGAACAAGAUCUUCAAAGUGUUUAAGAAAAAUGGUUGCAAAAAUUAUGAGAUACUUGGUCAGAUUUUUAAUAAAUCGACAGCAACUGGACAUUUACAUCAUGCUUCUACACAACUGCCUCCUACUUCAGAUGAUGAACGUCUAAAUGAAGAAGAGUUUCUUAAUAAAGGUGUUCAUGUCCAAGAUGGUGAAAAAUCUAAAGGAAAACGCGCUGCAGAUGAUUUUCUUCCUGAUUGUGUUCGUGUUAAGAAAGAGUCAAAGUUUGAGAAAAUAGAUUCAUGUUUGGAGAUGUGGGCAUCUUCUUUAGAUGCUAGAAAAGAAAGAGAUUUAGCCAAAGCUGAAAGAUAUAAAGCACUAUGCAACAACACAACAAAUAUAUCGAUGGACAACUAUUCUAUUGAAGCAUGCAUGGAUAUAUUAGAAACAAUGGAAAAUGUGUCAGAUGGUGCAUAUAUCAAAGCACUCGAGAAACUCAAGGAUGUGGAUUGGAGAAAGAUGUUUAUAAAAAUGUCAAAUGAUAGGAAAAAAGCAUGGUUAAAUAAUUUAGAAUAAUU